AUGGAGGAGCACAACAGAUCAACGUGUUCUGCAAAUGGGCAAGUGAUGAUGCAGGUGGAGAGCUGCAACAAAGCUUCUAGGCCUUACGAUCUCAGGUGCCACAGUGCCUCCUUUGCACAAACACAAAAAGGUCCCAAGGACUUAAAGAUAGGGAAGAGCAUUUCCAAGUCUUGGAGCUUCACUGAUGCAGAGUUUCAGAGGAAGAAAAGGGUUACUAGCUAUAGAAUGUACUGUGUGGAGGGUAAGGCCAAAGGGUCCUUAAGGAGGGGCUUCAAGUGGCUCAAGGAUAAGUACUCCCAGGCGGUCUAUGGCUGGCGGUGA